GAUGGUGGUCAAAGCAGAGAGAAGCAGCUGACUCGUUACAAUAAUGUGAAAUGAUAAACUUUACAUCGCCCCGGACUAGUAAAAGCAGACAUUGCCACUGCGUCUAAGACCGGAUUGACCGAGCGCAAAGCUCCAGGGUCGUGCAUUAGAAAGUCCUGCACCGACCCCCCGACGGACUGCGGCUCCACAGAAGAGGGAAAGAGAGAGAUGCUCACCUUAGGUUACCCCCCCAGCUGAGACGAUGGUUUGAGUGGCCCAGGGCAUCCCGACAUGGCUGACCCCCCCUCCUUCAGCACACAAUCGUCUCCAGAGCAACCGCGGGACGGCAGCGUGAGCCACAUCUCAGAGCAGCCUGUGGACGAGUCCAGCAAGAGGCCGAGAGUGGACCAGGACUGCUGCACCGCCGACCUCCAGCAGGGGGCAGACUUGUGGUUCUGUGAAGAGUGUAAGGAGUUCUUCCUGGAGGAGUGUCCGUCUCAUGGGCCGCCCGUGUUUGUGCCGGACACCCCGGUGGCGGUGGGCGUGAGGGGCCGUGCGGCGCUCACGCUGCCCUCGGGGGUGCUGCUGCUGCAGGAGGGGGGCGGCCUGGACGUCUGCUGCGUGGACCAGGACAUCCCCAAGGGGGCGCUGUUCGGCCCCUACCAGGGAGAGAUGGUGUCCCACGACCAGCCCAGCAGCUGCUUCUCCUGGGUGAUUGUCGACAAGAACUCAUACAGAUGCAUCGAUGGCAGUGAUGAAUCUAAGGCCAACUGGAUGAGGUUCGUGCGGAGCUCGUCGGACGUCUCUGAUCGGAACUUGAGUGCGUUCCAGCACGGGGAGCAUAUCUACUUCCGCGUAUGUCGCCCCCUGGUGUCCGGAGAGCGGCUUCGCGUCUGGUACAGCGACGACUACCUGAGGAGGCUGCAGGACAUCUCACAGGACCGCAUCUUACACAACCUGGACACAGGGGCUGUCAAAUCUGAGGAGGCAGCUCCGAACCCAGACGAGUCCAAAGCUCCUCUGACUCCGAACCCAGACGAGUCCAAAGCUCCUCGGACUCCGAGCCCAGACGAGUCCAAAGGGCCGGUGCUGAGCCCAGACGAGUCCAAAGGCCCGGUGCUGAGGUCAGACGAGUCCAAAGGCCCGGUGCUGAGGUCAGACGAGUCCAAAGGGCCGGUGCUGAGGUCAGACGAGUCCAAAGGGCCGGUGCUGAGGUCGGCGCUGCACGGCCGCAGGGCUCCGCUGAAGGUCAGUGCGGCGGAGGAGGGGGAGGGGCCGCCGCAGGCCAAGAAGAAGAAGAUCGACCUCAUCUUCAAAGACGUGCUGGAGGCAUCUCUGGAGGCGUCGCAGCGCCAGGAGAGCCCUCUGGACAGCGCCGCCUUCCCCCUGACGAGGACCCGCGCCCACCUCCGCGCCCAACUGUGCCCGGCGCUUAGCAACAGCCUGCCGGCGCUGGAGACGGACUGCAAGGAUGGCGCCGCCCUGCUGGCGUUGGGGUCGGCGGAGUUUGACCUGAGCGCGCUGAAGAGGGAGGAGGAAGGGGAGGAUCCUGCCGACCCCGCCACUUCCUCCUUCUGCCCCAACUGCGUCAAGCUGCGGCUGCGGAUUCGCGAGCUGGAGGCGGAGUUACGACGACUCAGGGGCGAGGAGAGGGAGGAGCCAACAGCCCUACCGGAGCCUCACUGUGGGGACGAGCUGACAGUGGCGGAGGCCCUGACCCCUGUUCCGGUGGUUCUGGAGGACGAUGACCCGGACGUGGACUCGGCGGACGAGUCGCUCUCCGCCGACCUCAUGGUUGCCGCGGACGACCCGUCCAAGCUGCCCGCGGGUCCCGGCCGGCGGAUCCGGCGCUUCAAGCAGGAGUGGCUGAAGAAGUUCUGGUUCCUGCGCUACUCGGCCACGCUCAACGAGAUGUGGUGCCACGUGUGCCGUCAGUACACGGUCCAGUCGUCCCGCACCUCCGCCUUCAUCAUCGGCUCCAAGCAGUUCAAGAUCCACACCAUCAAGCUGCACAGCCAGAGCAACCUGCACAAGAAGUGCCUGCAGCUCUACAAGCUGCGCAUGCACCCCGAGAAGACGGAGGAGAUGUGCCGCAACAUGAUGCUGCUCUUCAACGCCGCCUACCACCUCGCCCUGGAGGGCCGGCCCUUCUCCGACCUCCGACCCCUCGCCCAGCUGCUGAAGAAGUGCGAGCUGAAGGUGGUGGACCAGUACAUGAACGAGGCCGACUGCCAGAUCCUGAUCCACCACAUCGCGCGCGCCUUCAGGGAGGACCUGGCCGAGCGGCUGCGGCUCUCGCCCUUCCUCAGCGUCAUCGUGGACGGCCGGCACGAGGAGCAGACGGCCGGCGACAGCGUGGCCGUCUACGUGCAGUUCCUGACCGGCGAGGGCGGCGCCGCCACCGAGUUCCUGUCGCUGCAGCCGCUGGCGGUGACCGGGCCGGACGGCUACGUGCAGGCGGUGGACCGAGCCUUCUCCGUGCUGGGGCUGCGGCUGCAGGAGAAGAUGCUGGUGGGGCUGGGCAUGGACGGGGUUAACGUGCCCUCCAGCCUGCGCGCCAGCGUCUACGUGGGCAUGCGCAAGGCGGCGCCGUGGGUGCUGUGCCUGCCCGUGAUGCUGCAGCGGCCGCAGAUGGAGGUGCUGGACGGCAUCAGCGGUAAAGAGCUGUGCUGCCUGGAGGAGCUGGAGAGCAACCUGAAGCAGCUGCUGAGCUUCUACCGCUACUCGCCGCGCAUGCUGCAGGAGCUACGCAGCGCCGCGCCCACGCUGGCCGACGAGACGCACUUCCUGGGCGACGUCCGCGCCGUGCGCUGGGUCAUCGGCGAGCCCAACGUGCUCAACGCCCUCAUCAAGGACUACCUGGAGGUGCUGGCGCACCUGAAGGACAUCAGCGGCCAGACGCAGCGGGCGGACGCCGCCGCCAUCGCGCUCUCGCUGCUGCAGUUCCUGAUGGACUACCAGUCGGUCAAGCUCAUCUACUUCCUGCUGGACAUCAUCGCCGUGCUGUCACGCCUCGCCUUCGUCUUCCAGGGGGACCACCUGCUGGUGUCUCAGGUGGACGCCCGCAUCGAGGAGGCCAUCCAGGAGAUCGGGCAGCUGGUGGACGUGCCCGGGGAGUACCUGCAGGAGUUCGAGGAGAACUUCCGCGAGAGCUUCAACGGCGUGGACCUGCAGAACCUGCGCGUGGCCGAGGCCAAGUUCCAGUCCAUCCGCCAGAAGAUCUGCCGGCGCAGCCAGGCCGUGCUGACCCAGAGGCUGGACCCACAGAGCCGACCCGUGGUGCAGGCGUGCCGCGUGCUGGACCUGACCUGCUGGCCUCACGGCCGCGACGAGCUGCAGGCCUUCGGCGAGGAGGAGAUCCAGCUGAUGUUCGCGCACCUGGAGAGCAUCCCGGCGCUGGGCAGUGCCACGCCUCACGAGCGGGUGGAUGCCCGCGGCAGCCUGGCGCAGGAGUGGCGCGACCUCAAGGCCGACUACUUCAGCAUGAGCGGCUUCCGCGAGGUGGCGGCCCACGUGUGUCGCUACCGGCAACGCUUCCCGCUGCUCCACCGGCUGGUGCAGGUGGUGCGAGUGCUGCCGUGCUCGAGCGCCUGCUGCGAUAAGGGUCACGCCGCACUGCAGAGACUCGCCCGCAACAGCCGCGCCCGCAUCGCCCCCGACAACCUCAACGACCUGCUCACCCUCGCCGUCAACGGACCGCCCAUCGCCAGCUUCGACGGCAAGCGCCCGCUGGACAGCUGGUUCGAGGAGAAGUCGGGGAGCGGCUACUCCCUCUCGGCCGAGAUGCUGAGCAGGAUGUCCAGCUCCGACCAGAAGGCCCUGCUGCACGGGGUGGACAUGACCGCAGACUUCUACCCGGACUGCUGAGAUACAUGAUGUUCUAUAGAAUACAGUAACAAUACUGCUGAGAUACAUGAUGUUCUAUAGAAUACAGUAACAAUACCCGAGAUACAUGAUGGUCUAUAGAAUACAGUAACAAUACCCUAGGCUUCUACCCGGACUGCUGAGAUACAUGAUGUUCUAUAGAAUACAGUAACAAUACCCUAGCUGAGAUACAUGAUGUUCUAUAGAAUACAGUAACAAUACCCUAGGCUUCCACCCGGACUGCUGAGAUACAUGAUGUUCUAUAGAAUACAGUAACAAUACCCUAGCUGAGAUACAUGAUGUUCUAUAGAAUACAGUAACAAUACCCUAGGCUUCCACCCGGACUGCUGAGAUACAUGAUCUCCUAUGGCUGACAUAUGAACACAUCAGAAUACAGUAACAAUACCCUAGAAUUCUACACAGCGCUCCAAAGCCAUCCUGAUUGGCCAGAUGAGACUGAUCAGAGCUGUGUGAUUGGCCAGAGGGGAGGAAGUGGCCAUGCUGCUAAGAGACGCUGUUGGUCAUCUGUCCCCUAGUGACCAGACACAAGCACAUGUGAAGUGCAGUGCUACCAUGUGCACAUGUUGUCCAAGCCCAAAGAGCGACAAUCCACUCGGCACACAUGGAUAUAUCAAAGAAUGCAGUUCCACCUAGUUCUCUAGUUCCAUCUAGUUCCACCUAGUUCCACCUAGUUCCACCUAGUUCUCUAGUUCCAUCUAGUUCCACCUAGUUCCACCUAGUUCCACCUAGUUCUCUAGUUCCAUCUAGUUCCACCUAGUUCUCUAGUUCUCUAGUUCUCUUGCGUUUGAAUGUCUCACAGCAGCGUUACUCUUCUGAGCCUGUUUAUAGUGGUUCCAUCCUAGUGUUCUCUUUUAUGCGUUGUUAAAACAUGUUGCUUUUUGCCAGUUUGUUCAUUGCACACACACACUUUGGUGAGAAAUGGCAGAGAGAGUCGAUCCUUAGAUAAUGUGCUCUCCAGCAGAGAGUCGAUCCUUAGAUAAUGUGUUCUCCAGCAGAGAGUCGAUCCUUAAAUAAUGUGUUCUCCAGCAGAGAGUCGAUCCUUAGAUAAUGUGUUCUCCAGCAGAGAGUCGAUCCUUAGAUAAUGUGUUCUCCAGCAGAGAGUCGAUCCUUAGAUAAUGUGUUCUCCAGCAGAGAGUCGAUCCUUAGAUAAUGUGUUCUCCAGCAGAGAGUCGAUCCUUAAAUAAUGUGUUCUCCAGCAGAGAGUCGAUCCUUAGAUAAUGUGUUCCUCUGCAGCCCCGAUGAGCACAGCAGCUCCACACCGCUGCUGUUGACAGCUUUGUACAGAUUACAUUUACUUCACAUGACUACAUCUGAAACAGAUUACAGAUUACAUUUACUUCACUUGACUACAUCUGAAACAGAUUACAGAUCACAUUUACUACACAUAGCUACAUCUGAAAUUGGUAGAGUACACAGUAUGAUGCAAUAGCUUUUCAAGAUGAUUUUGUUCAAAUCAAAAAGUUGAUGUUAAGUACAAUAAGCAUUUAACAACGUAAACAAUUAAUUUGUCGUUAUUUCACAUCGUAUAAGUAUAUUAUGAAUAGAGUGUUUGGUAAAGUCCAUUUGACAGUUUGUUUGUUUGUUUGUUUGUUUGAAUAUCUACCGUUAAAACUUUAAACAUGGGAAUGUGCCAAUAGCCAUGAAGAAUGCAACUUUAUGCUGAACUCGACAAAAAGCGCUCAGAAGCAAGACGCUAUUACUAUAAUGCCAUGUCUGAUUACUCUGUGUGUUACCUUGAACACGCUAUUACUAUAAUGCCAUGUCUGAUUACUCUGUGUGUUACCUUGAAAUUGCUAUAUUAUUCUUAGUAUGCUAUUCUUAUAUUAUUAUUACUCUUAGUAUGCGAUUAUUGUAUUAUACUAUUGUCAUCAUCUGCGUCCACGUUACCGGUAUGAUUGUGCUAUUUGUGCAUUUUGUUUUACUGCGGAAUGGAUCAUUUCGUUAUUGUCAUGUGACCAACCUCAUUGAAAUCUCUUGUGAAAUGUCAGUUUUGAGUCUUGUGAUUAUAGUCCAUCAGCCAUGCGUGCAGACUGGUAUGGUGCCAUGCUUACAGGGUGGUAUGGUGCUCCUGUUCCUCUGAUUGUAAAAUUCCCAAAGAAUGUUGUGAUUAUGCCGGUGUUGCACCUGUGCCAUGCGCCAGUCUUGCCAAGUGAAGACAGCCAAGCCAAGACGGAGCGUUUUUUAUGUGUUUUCCACGGAAUCCCGUCCUGUACGGAUACGGAACGCUCAGGAGGCCAGGAAUUCCAGGAAUUCCAGGAAUUCCUCGCCUAAUUUGCCAAAGUCCAGUUUCACUGGAGAUGAGAGCGUGAGGGCGCCAUGGAGUUUACGCUCUCUCUUCUAGAAGCUCUGAGCUGAGGGGGCGGAGCCUGCUCUGGUUUAGUCACGCUGUCAUCGUCAUGCCAACCAUCGUUAGACGCUGAUUAAUGUCAUCGUCAGGCCAACCAUCGUUAGACGCUGUUUAAUGUCAGUAAAAUGAAAGUUGACUUCAUGGAAUGUAGAAAAUAGAGAGACGCUGGUUGUGUCUGUGUGUGACAUGAAUGUGAAUGUUUGGUUAAUGGGCUCAGUUCUCUUGUGGUGUGGGUCUGUUGCACAUGGCUGGGGAUAAUGCACAAAGAAGGGCUUUUUGUCCCGUUGGCAAAGCGUGAUAUUGAAUGGUGCGCAGGCUUUCAUGCCUGCAACAGGCUGGUGGAUUGAUCCGCCAUGAAUGGGACAGCAGUCAAUGGUGCUGAUGGACUCGUGUGGAUGGCCAAAAUGUGACCGUGUUUUUAAUGCAAACUGCUAAACGCCAUUCAAAGGCAUACCACAUUUGGUUUUAAAAUGUUCAUGUUUUUGUUUACAGAUUUUAUUUUUGCCUUACGGAUCUGGUUUGUUUUGGAUGGAGAAUCUGUCAGGGAGCCACUCUGGGUGUGAUUCGGUGUAAUCUACAUGAUCGAUUCUGCCAGUGUGUGUGUGUGUGUGUGUGUGUGUGUGUGAGUGUGAUUCGGUGUAAUCUACAUGAUCGAUUCUGCCAGUGUUAGACAAAUUAAUAGAAAUGUUUCAAUGUUAACAGUUGUGUUGUUGUUAUGGCCACAAAGCAAUGCAAUAUGAUACAAACAAUAUCACAAAAAUUGUUUCUGAUUGAAAAUGACGUGAAUAAUAUAGAGAGUCAUGGAAUGGAUAUGAUUGGAAGAGUGAUUCCUCAUUCUUUACUCUUCUUCUUUUAAAACAACAAAUAUUAAAGAAAUACUGAAUGUUUUGCAACACUAAAUUGUCAAAUUGACGGAUUACAAAAAUUGAGCUAAAACAAUGAAGGAAAUUGAUUGUCCACUGAUGUGUAAAUCUGUUUCUGCUGCAUUUAAACAUCAUAAGAGGGUUUUGUUUUGAGUUGGCCACUUUAUUCCUUUUACCAAUAACAGUUUUUGAAAUUAGAAUACAACCAAGAGAACGGGACAAUUCUGUAAUUAUGAAACAUUAUGCAAAAUUAGAAUUGUGGAAGACUUUCUAUUAAUUUGCCCAACACUGUAUGUUUGUAUGUAUGUGUAGAUAUAUAUAUUGCGAUAGUGUCAUGGUUGUGGUGUGGUUUGGUGGUUAUGGUGAUGGUUGUGGUGUGGUGCUGAUGUGGUAUGCUUUUGGAUGGUGAGACUAGACUAUUGCCUCACAGUGAGGUAUGCCAGCAAGUACAUAAGCUUGAUCUUUUGAUACAGUUUUAUGAUCCUUGGAAGAUGCCAUUCCCCCUCCCACCAGUGUGUGUGUGUGUGUGUGGUGUGUGUGUGUGAGAGAGAGAGAGAGAUGAAGGCUGCUUGAGUUGACUGAGGCAGAGGCUUGAGACGUUAGGGUUAGGCAGAGGGGUUAACCCUGACGUAAGGACAUGUAGAGGGCCAGACUGUUCAGUAAAGUCAUGUGAGGUAAGUGUGUGUGUGUGUGUGUGUGUGUGUGUGUGAGUGUGAGCAUGAGGUGAGGCCAGACUGUUCAGUAAAGCCAUUUGAAUGUUGCUGGAAAUUAAACUUUAGUGGCAGAUCAGGUCGUCAUGGUUACUUUCCUCCUGGUUUGCCAUAAUAUUGCACCUGUUCUUCUCCCUCUAUCCGUACCAAACAUCUGUCCAUUGUUGAUUUCGUUGCGUACCAAACAUCUGUCCAUUGUUGAUUUUAUUGCGUACCAAACAUCUGUCCAUUGUUGAUUUUAUUGUGUACCAAACAUCUAUCCAUUGUUGAUUUUAUUGCAUACAAAACAUCUGUCCAUUGUUGAUUUUAUUGUGUGUUCAUUUUAUUGAUCAUAGCUUGGUCUUUGUUGUGACCAUAUUGCAUUUAUGUUUUUUAGUAUUGGUACCUUUAUUUUUUCCUGUUAUUUUAUACUUCAUACAAAAUUGUGAAAUGUCCUCAUACAGUGAGCCAAAAGAAUUCAGUGACCCAGUCAGUGUUUGGAUGGGGCUUCAUAUGAACUCCUAUCAGAAUGAGCCUCCCAAUGGCCAUGCUGACCCACGAGAGGAGCUGGGCAGAGGGAGU